UUGUUUCCAGGGUCAUGGGAAGGUUACGCCUACACGUCCUGUUUCUAGUGUUUCUGUGUUUGGAGUUCUCUCGAACUUUCUGAGCACCGCUUUUUCGUUAUAAUGAAGGACAGCUUUCUAUUCGAUGUUUGUGAGUAAAGCACGAUUAACAGUGAUAUUCUGGAAAUAACUAUACGCCUGAAAUGCAGAAAGUUAAUUCAUUGGAUGGACUGCGGUUUAUGAAAAUCCAGCAAUAGUUUUCCAGAAUGUUUGGAUGUAUAGUGGCCGGUAGAUUGGUCCAGACAGAGCCACAGCAGGUGGCCAGUGACAAGUUUGUCUUCAGCCUGCCAGACUGUGAAAAUGUCAACCAUGUGGUAGUCUUCAUGCUGGGCACAAUGCCCUUCCCCACGGGCACAGGUGGGGCAGUCUACUUCUCCUUCCCGGACCCCAAUACCAGCCCAGUGUGGCAGUUGCUUGGUUUCAUCACCAAUGACAAGCCCAGUGCCAUCUUCAAGAUUUCAGGCUUGAAGGCAGGUGUGGGCGGAGAACAUCCCUUUGGAAUGAUGUCUGCACCCCACAUGCCCUCAGUGGCCCAAGUGGGUGUGUCUAUUGAAUCCCUCGAGCAGCUGGCUCAACAGACUCCUCUAUCCAGCGCCACUGUCUCUACUGUGGAUUCCUUUACACAGUUCACGCAGAAGAUGCUGGAGAGCCUCUACAACUUCUCCUCUUCCUUUGCUGUGUCUCAGGCUCAAAUGACCCCCAACCCAUCAGAGAUGUUCAUCCCUGCCAGCUCCGUCCGUCGAUGGUAUGAAAACUUUCAGAGAAGAAUGAACCAGAACCCAAACUUCUGGAAGACAUGAGAUUGUGGAGAAGUUUUUAAAUGAUUAAUUAAAAAAACAAAAAGGGUCCAUUCAAUAAAACACCCAUACACCCCCUGCCAGAAUAAAUAUUAAUAUUUGUUUGCCUUUUAAUAAAAUAAAAAAUGUAAAGCAUUUUUAUAGGUGUUUGACAUGAAUUACCCUGCUGUGUAUGUAGAUACAAUUUUUUUUUUUUGUUUUUUUGCAUCCAACCUUGAUAAAACGAGACAAAAUUCUA